CGAGAAAGUCUCAACCGUCUGGAAAGCCGGGAGAGGCCAGGGGGCGAUAGGCCAGCCCGGAGACCAGAGCGACGGCAGCGAACGCCGGGCCAGGAUGGAGACCUUUCCCCACGGCAGCUCCAGGAUCCUCCUUUCAGCGGCCUGCGUGGUUCUGUGGAGGCCCCACAGCCAGCCACGCAAACUCCUGCUGUGAGCUCGGAUCCCGCGCAGGAUGUGCAACACGAGCCAAGCCAGCUGGAGCUGCCCCGUGGACUCCAAGAUAGACCACCUCUUCCCACCCACCUUGUACAUCAUCGUCAUCACGGUGGGGCUGCCCACCAACUGCAUGGCGCUCUGGGCGGCCUACCUGCAGGUCAGGCAGAAGAACGAGCUGGGCGUCUACCUGAUGAACCUGUCCAUCGCGGACCUGCUCUACAUCGCCACGCUGCCCCUCUGGAUCGACUACUUCCUCCACUACGACAACUGGAUCCACGGGCAGGAAUCCUGCAAGCUCUUCGGGUUCAUCUUCUACACCAACAUCUACGUCAGCAUCGCCUUCCUCUGCUGCAUCUCGGUGGACCGCUACCUGGCCGUGGCCCACCCGCUGCGCUUCGCCAGGUUCCGGAGGGUCAAGACGGCGGUGGCCGUCAGCGCGGUGGUGUGGGCCAUCGAGAUCGGGGCCAAUUCCGCCCCGCUCUUCCACGACGAGCUCUUCCACGACCGCUACAACCACACCUUCUGCUUUGAGAAGUACCCCAUGGAGGAGUGGGUGGCCUGGAUGAACCUCUACCGGGUCUUCCUGGGCUUCCUCUUCCCCUGGGUGCUGAUGCUCUUCUCCUACCAGGGCAUCCUGCGGGCCGUGCGCGGCAACGUCUCCACCGAGAAGCAGGAGAAGGCCAAGAUCAAGCGCCUCUCGCUCAGCCUGAUCGCCAUCCUGCUCUUCUGCUUCGCCCCCUACCACCUCAUCCUGCUCUCCCGCAGCACCGUCUACCUGGCCAAGCCGGGAGACUGCGGCUUCGAGGAGAAGGUCUUCGUGGCCUACCACACCUCCCUGGCCUUCACCAGCUUGAACUGCGUGGCCGACCCCAUCCUCUACUGCUUCGCCAACGAGGGCGCCCGCAGCGACGUGGCCAAGGCCCUCUCCACCUCGGUGCGCUUCCUCACCAGCUCCAAGCCCCAGGAGAUGGCCAGCGCCUCGCUCACCCUCGACACCCCCCUGUCCACCAAGAGGAGCCUCUUCUGCCGGCAGCCCCUGGCCUUCCCGCUGCCCCCCUCCUCGCAGGCCGGCGGGCUGGGGGUGCGGGGCGAGGACCUCCACCUGAAGGUCCUGACUUUUAACCGGUGACUGUCCCCGGGGGAGCCGCCCGCCUCUGCCACGCAGCGUCCCGAGGAUUCCUUAAGAGCCAGUAAUCAUAUUACAAC